AUGCUUAGGCAUGGUGUUCUUCGCCAUGGCCUACACCAUUGCCCCAGAAAACCUACAUCCAAUGUUAUAGUGCCGAAGAUUCCGUUGUCGGCCAGGAGAGGAUACGCUUCAGUAACAGAUUUGGAGGCUUACCCGAAGCCAGGAGAGAGCAUACAUGGAUUCACCUUGAAAGAGAUCAAGCACGUCCCCGAAUUGCACCUGACAGCAUUACGGUUAGAACAUGACAAGACAAAGGCAGAAUACUUGCAUGUGGCUAGGGACGACAAGAACAAUGUCUUUGCCAUCAACUUCAAGACAAACCCCACGGACCGAACAGGGCUACCACAUAUUCUGGAGCAUGUCACACUAUGUGGAAGCCAGAAAUAUCCAGUUCGAGAUCCUUUCUUCAAGAUGAUGCCCAGGUCUCUCGCCAAUUUCAUGAAUGCUUUCACGUCGUCGGAUUAUACUUCAUAUCCUUUUGCGACCACGAAUUUGCAGGACUACCGCAAUCUGUCCUCGGUAUAUCUUGACGCAACCCUGCAUCCAUUACUCAAGCGUACAGAUUUUCUGCAGGAAGGAUGGCGACUUGGACCAGAAGACCCUCGUGAGCCGGCCACGGAGGACAACGUCAAGUUCAAAGGCGUCGUGUACAACGAGAUGAAGGGCCAGAUGUCGGAUGCAAGCUACCUAUUCUACAUCAGAUUUAGAGAGCACCUAUUUCCUUCUCUUCACAACUCUGGCGGAGAUCCAGAGGUAAUGACUAAUCUCACCCACGAACAACUCGUUGACUUCUCCCGCGAACAUUAUCAUCCAAGCAAUGCAAAGAUAUUUUCUUAUGGCAGCCUUAGUAUUGCGGAACAUCUCCAGCACGUCAAUGAGACAAUCUCAGAAUUCGACCAGACGGCGCCAGACUCGGACAUCAAAAUGCCGAUCGAUUUCUCCAACGGUCUUUCAUUUGAGGUGCCAGGCCCUCUUGACACCAUGCAACCGGCAGAUCGACAAUUCAAAUCCUCCAUGACCUGGCUAGGCUGCGAGACUUCGGACAUCGUGGAGACCUUUUCUGUCAGUAUCAUGAUGUCGCUUUUGAUGAACGGUUAUGGCUCUCCUCUCUAUCAAGGUCUGAUAGAAUCAGGUUUAGGAACGAACUUCAGUCCGAAUUCCGGUUACGAUAGUUCCACCAAAGUUGGGACUUUCUCAAUCGGGCUAGAUGGAAUGAAGGCCGAAGACAUUGCUGGCUUGAAAGACACCAUUCGGACCGUACUGAGAGAAAAAGCGCAUGAGGCCUUUUUGCCUCACAAAAUUGAAGGAUACAUGCAUCAGCUAGAGCUUAGUCUCAAGCACAAGACUGCAAAUUUCGGGAUGGGCCUUCUUGAGAAGACUUUGGCUGGAUGGUUCAAUGGCGUCAAUCCCAUGGACGGUCUGGCCUGGAACGAUAUCAUCAGCGCAUUCAAAUCACGUUUGAAAGACGAAAGAUAUCUGGAGAAGCUGGUGCAGAAGUACUUGUUAGGCGACGGGUGCGUGCAGUUCACGAUGAAGCCGUCUGAAUUGUAUGGAUCGACUCUAGACAAACAGGAAGAGGAACGAAGAAAGUCUAUCCUGGAAAAAAUCAAGAAAGAUGCAAGCUCACCGGAAGCAGCGAUUUCUCAACUUGGCCAGCAAGAGCUCCAGUUGCUUGAAGAACAAGAGACCUCCCAGUCCAAGAAUCUGGACACGCUCCCGACUCUCAGUGUGGACGAUAUUGCUCGAGUGAAGCAAAAGAAGCCUCGAUAUUCCUCAAGGAUUGGCGAGGUCAGUUGCCUGUGGCGUGAAACAUCCACCAAUGGAAUCACAUAUUUCCAAGCCAAACACUUGCUGAAAGGGCUUCCCGAAGAACUCAGGCUUCUGAUGCCUCUAUUUACCGAAUCUUUGAUGCGAUUGGGUACCAAAGUCAAAUCCGUUGGAGAUAUCGAAGCCGAAAUUCUUCUGAAGACUGGUGGUAUCUCUAUUGCCCCUUUUAUUGCUCCCGAGCCUUGGAGCUUGGACGGGUACAAAGAAGGCUUGCUCCUAGACGGCUAUGCGCUCGACAGAAAUGUUCCGGCAAUGUUUGACCUCAUGCGCACAUUGUUGUUGGAGAUCGACUUCACGAACUCGAAGGCUGUUGCUGCCAUACAGGAGCUUCUCGAAUCAAAGACCUCUGGUGCUUUGGAUGCUGUUGCUGAGAGUGGCCAUCAUUUUGCGAUUACAAGUGCAUCUGCUGCGCUUACCAGCAGAGGCAGAAUCCAGGACCAGCUGUCUGGAUUGACACAGAUUGAGGCAACGGCUCGAACAUUGGACGCUGCACGAAAAGAUCCCGGAAGCCUUCAAAAAGUCAUUCACAAACUGCAAAGAAUUCAGUCCUUUGCUAUCAGCAACUCGAGUGAGCUUUCAAUGCGAGUGGUAUGCGAACCUGAUUCGGUUUCCACCAACCGGAGCCUGAUUGAAGAAUUCCUUGCGAAGCUCCCACAAGGGGGGCGGGUCAUUACAGGUUCCGGCUCUUCUGAUGCCGUGCCAGGCUCUUCCCUCUCACGGCGAGCCUUUUUCAAUCUGCCUUUCCAGGUCUCCUAUACUGGAACAUGUCUACAGACCGCGCCAUAUUCUUCCCCCGAUAAAGCACCCCUUACAGUACUCGGUCAGCUCCUGACUCACAAUUUCCUACACCCCGAGGUCAGGGAGAAGGGCGGCGCGUACGGUGCUUCAGCAAGUGCCAGUCCCAUCAGUGCGCUUUUCACGAUGUCGUCAUACCGCGAUCCCAAUCCCCGAAACUCCCUACAGGUCUUCCAGCGUGCUGGAGCCUAUGCACGAGACAAGGAGUGGAGCGGCCGGGAGCUGGAAGAGAGCAAACUGAGCAUCUUCCAAGGCAUCGACGCUCCCAGGAGUGUUAGCAGCGAAGCCAGCAAAGAGUUUAUGUAUGGCAUAACCGAAGACAUGGACCAGAAAAUGCGCGAGAACCUGUUGGAUGUUACGAAAGAAGAUGUUCAAAGAGUUGCUCAGAAAUACCUCGUUGACCUGCCCUCCGAACUCAAGUCUGUGUGCACCUUGGGGGAGAAAAAGGAUUGGAUCGCAAAAGACCCAGAUCACUGGCAGGAGAAGAGCUUGCAGAUGGCUGCAUAG